AUGACAUCCACUCAACCCGCAUCUUCCACACAGUCUCCAACCACAGACAUCACAUCUACUCAACCCACAUUGUCCACAAAUCCAACCACAGUCAUCACAUCCACUCAACCCACAUCCUCCACACAACCUCCAGCCAUAGUCAUCGCAUCCACUCAACCCGCAUCUUCCACACAGUCUCCAACCACAGUCAUCGCAUCCACUCAACCCGCAUCUUCCACACAGUCUCCAACCACAGACAUCACAUCUACUCAACCCACAUUGUCCACAAAUCCAACCACAGUCAUCACAUCCACUCAACCCGCAUCUUCCACACAGUCUCCAACCACAGACAUCACAUCUACUCAACCCACAUUGUCCACAAAUCCAACCACAGUCAUCACAUCCACUCAACCCGCAUCUUCCACACAGUCUCCAACCACAGACAUCACAUCCACCCAACCCACAUUGUCCACAAAUCCAACCACAGUCAUCACAUCCACUCAACCCACAUCCUCCACACAACCUGCAACCACAGUCAUCACAUCCACUCAACCCACAUCCUCCACACAACCUCCAGCCAUAGUCAUCGCAUCCACUCAACCCACAUCUUCCACACAACCUGCAACCACAGUCAUCACAUCCACUCAACCCACAUCUUCCACACAGUCUCCAACCACAGUCCCCACAUCCACUCAACCCACAUCUUCCACACAGUCUCCAACCACAGACAUCACAUCCACUCAACCCACAUCUUCCACACAGUCUCCAACCACAGUCCCCACAUCCACUCAACCCACAUCUUCCACACAGUCUCCAACCACAGACAUCACAUCUACUCAACCCACAUUGUCCACAAAUCCAACCACAGUCAUCACAUCCACUCAACCCACAUCCUCCACACAACCUCCAGCCAUAGUCAUCGCAUCCACUCAACCCGCAUCUUCCACACAGUCUCCAACCACGGUCCCCACAUCCACUCAACCCGCAUCUUCCACACAGUCUCCAACCACAGUCCCCACCACAUCCACUCAACCCGCAUCUUCCGCACAGUCUCCAACCACAGUCAUCACAUCCACUCAACCAGAAUCUCCGACCACGUUCACAGCGUCUACUCAACCCACAUCUUCCACACCGCAUUCAACUGCAUUCCCCCCAUCUCCAGCCACAUCCAGCAUAUCACUUCCGGUCACGUCAAAGGAAUCUAUGACAAAGACAUCUACAGUUCCAAUUGUCACAGUGCCCAUGACUACCUCCGCCAACAACACACCCGGCUCCCUGAUGCUUCGUUGCAGUUUCUCAGAUUUAUGUGCCAACAAAUCUGCCUUCUACUGGAUGGUGCUGGACGUGCACUCAAGAAAGGGCGAGAACAAUGAGUCAAGACCUCAAGACAUCAAGAACUCGCUUCAAAGCGUAUUCAAUAUUUCUGCUUGUGUACAGUCCACUGUGGGAGCAUCCCCAAGCAACAGGGAAGAAGGAACGUGCAAGAAUGAAAAUGGAACUUUUGUUUCCCUGUUUCAGGGGAUUGAAGUCACGUGUGAUGACAGAGAUAAACAAAGCCCUGAAAAGACUAACUGCACCGUGCUACUGCAGCUAAGCCGGCUCAUAGAUGUGUGCGUGCUGCACUGGGCCCUAGAGGACAACAAGGAGACAUCCAUCAAUGCCCACCUGGUGGGGAGGGUGGAGAGAGUGGGCAAGGGGCUGUGCACCAAUGGAGAAACACUGCCUCCUGGUGGUGGCUUUGAGAAAUGCAAUUCCACCCUCCCACUUUCUGAUGCCUGCCACGCUGAGCAACCUGUCACAUGUAAAAAUUAUGCAGAAACAGUGGUUGUUCCUGUGGAUCCUCUCUCCCCAGUGGAUCGGAACUGCUCUGCAAGCAACAAGAAGGUGAAGCAUGGCUGUGACUGCACUGCUUUCUGCAAUGAAACAGCUGCAUACUAUACCCUGACUCUAGGGGUCACUGAUCCUAGCAUUGUAUUUUCGGACAUUACAUCCUUGAUCUACAAGCUGGGGUCAACCCCACAGACCUGCAACAACAGCUCAGACAAUCCCUGCUCUGAGGUUCCCGUAAUUUCACAAGUCUAUCAGGAAUGCUUUGGCAUGGGGGCACAGAUUAACAACUGUACUGUGGUUCUGACACUGACCAAAGCUAUGAACAUCUGUACCCUAAGAGCCACCCUCGUGUCUCUGAUUGAGCAAAAGUCAGGCAUCUUCUACAAUGGCUCCCUCACACGAGUAGCAAUAUGCGGCUGGCCCGCAGGAUCUGCCGAUAAUAUCGCCAAUUUCACCUGGAUCAGCGGCCAUCUUGGAUACUCUCAGAUCUGUCAGAAUGACAGCAUCAUGAGCUUCCACUGCAAAAGUGGUGAAACUCUGGGUGUGCCCCUCACUGAAGUGUGCAUGCCAGACCCCCCGUUCAUUCUACUCCCAACCACCUCACAGCCAAACACCACAAUACAAGACAAUGCAACAUCUGGCCCACCAAUGAACAGUACCAGAACUCUAACAAACAUAACAGAGCCUGUCCUGAACACAACAAGGGCUCCAUGGAGUUCUACUACCCCUGUCAACACCACCGUGGUGCCUCAUCGAACCAAUGCAACAGUGCCUUCAGCGAACAUCACCACAAACACAACCCAAGUUACAGUUCCCGUGACGACCGCAAACGCUGAGUCUACCACCCCUGUGUUCAUCAAAGUCAACACCACCAUGGUGCCUCAUCGAAACAAUGCAACAGUGCCUUCGACGAACAUCGCCACAAACACAACCCAAGUUAUGGUUCCCGUGACAACCGCAAACGCAGAGUCUAACACCACUGCGUUCAACAACGUCAACACCACGGUGGCGCCUCAUCCAAACAACGCGACAGUGCCCUCAACGAACGCGACCCAACCAACGGUUCCCGUGACGACCGCAAACGCGGAGUCGCAGGCGGAGCAGCUGGUGGAUCUGACGCGGAACGUCUCCGCCCUCAACUCCUCCCAGGUGGAUCGGCUCGUCUCCCAGCUGGAGGAGCUGCUCUCAGGGCCCAAUGUCAGCCUGGCCCUCGGGCAAAGCUCGGUCACCAUCGUCAGCAACCUGCUCAACGCCUCCGCUGACACCCUGGCCUCGUCCUCCAGAAGGAUAAUAGGAUUGGUGGAUACAGUUGGACUGAAGCUGGUUGUGGAAGGAGAUACAGAGACCAUCUUGUCUGAUUCAGUUGCAUUGGCCGUGAAGAAAGUUGAUGGUACCAACUUUCAGGAGACAACCUUUUCCAUCACAGACCCCUCCAAUGUACAGGUCAACCGGGCUUUCAGAGCCCGGACGUCCAGCGCCCAGCAGGGCUCAAUUACACUGCCCCCGGACCUGACUACCGGACUGACUCCCCAGCAGCAGCUGCAGGUCUCCAGAGUCCAGUUCAACUUCUACCAGAGGAGCACAGUGUUCCAGGACAGAAACCUUAAUGGACGCAGACUGAACAGUGGUAUUCUAGGAACAAGCGUGGCAAACCUGUCAAUUAGUAACUUAACAAACAAUGUAUUCAUCACCCUGAGGAACAAUGAACCUGUCCCUGAAAACUUUGAACCCUCCUGCGUUUUCUGGGACUUCAGUUUAAAUGAUGGAUUAGGAGGUUGGAACUCAACCGGUUGUUUUGUUGAAAACUCAACAAACGAAGAGACAAACUGCAGCUGCAACCACCUGACCAGCUUUGCGAUCCUUUUGGACCUUUCAGGAGGAGGCAUAACAAACCGUCUACAGGCAACCAUCCUUACUUUCAUCACCAACAUUGGCUGUGGGAUCUCUGCCAUCUUCCUUUCCAUCACCCUGCUCACCUAUAUUGCCUUCGGGAAAUUGCGGAAGGACAUCCCGUCUAAGAUCCUGAUCCAGCUGUGCACAGCCCUGCUGCUGCUGAACCUGACCUUCCUGCUGGACUCGUGGCUAGCGUUGUAUCCGCAGGCUAACGGCCUGUGCAUCUCCACCGCCUUCUUCCUGCAUUACUUCCUGCUGGUGUCCUUCACCUGGAUGUGCAUAGAGGCCAUCCACAUGUACCUGGCUCUCGUGAAGGUCUUCAACACCUACGUUUCCAGAUACAUGCUAAAGUUCUCCCUCGUCGGCUGGGGCGUACCUCUUGUUGUCGUCAUCAUUGUCAUUGCAAUUGAUUCUGGCAAUAACUACGGCCUGGUCUCCUAUGGACGAUUUCCUGAUGGCACCACAGAUGAUUUCUGCUGGUUGAAGAAUGACGUGGCCUUCUAUGUGGCCGUGGUGGCCUACUUCUGCCUGGUCUUCCUGGUGAAUCUGACCAUGUUUGUGGUGGUCAUCGUGCAGCUGUUCCGUAUCAAGCGGCAGAACCCCCACAACAGCCAGCACCACAGCACGCUGCGGAGCGUGCGCAGUGUGGUGGGCCUGACCAUCCUCCUGGGGCUCACCUGGGGCUUCGCCUUCUUCGCCUGGGGCCCCGUCAACCUGGCCUUCAUGUACCUCUUCAGCAUCUUCAACUCGCUGCAGGGCUUUUUCAUCUUCAUCUUCCACUGUGCCAUCAAGGAGAACGUGCGCAGACAGUGGAGGGCCUAUCUGUGCUGCGGGAAAUUGCGGCUGUCUGAGAACACAGACUGGAGUCAAACCGCUACCCACCACAGGACAAACAACAGAGUCAACCAGUCGACCAGCUCCCUGCACUACAGCAACACCUCCAGCAGCUCCGUCCUGGCCAGUGACAGUGUCCAAGCCGGUGGCAUUGGUGGUGUGUAUGACGACAGACAGAUCACAGCUCUGGAGGAGACUCACGGGGACGUGGUUCUGAAUGACAUCCACAGUCGACACAGUACGCCACGGGGGCAGUGAACUCUGGGGGGAAAAGAGACCUGGCACCCUACAGUAGGCCAAUAGACACUUUAAAGUGUUUCAGACUAUGUGUGAGCUAGAUUUCUAUUUUAAAGACAUCAGCAUAUUAAAUUCGCCAUACAGUAUUUGUACUAUGUAUGAAGGUCUGCAUGAUUGCGGUUGAUUAUUAACUGCCGUACUGUGUUUCUCCGAUUCGUGAAGGAGUCCUUCAAUGUUUCUAGAGUCAGACACUAACAAUUACACGACUCACACGUCUGACACACACACACACACACACAUACACGCACACACCCAACCCUAUUCAACCCUAAACCUCUACGCAGAUGUAUGCAGUCAUAGACAAACACACAAAUACCUGAUCAUACAGUGCUAUGAAAAGGUAUUUGCCCCUUCCUCGUUCUUUAACUUGUGUUACUAUGACGAUACAGAAAUAUUUUGUGGAUGAGUCAGGGACAGAUUCCUUCACACCAUGGCUCUACACUGCACCGCAUGAUGGCACCCGUAAACUUGACUUCCUGGGUUUCCAAAUGCUUUUCACGAGCCCAUGGACAGUCAGUGGUCCAUAUUGUUCUUCGGUCUAUGGUAAUAAGCAAUAAAAGGAAACCAGGCAGGGGGCAAAUACUUUUUCAAGGCACUAUAUAUACUGUACCAGGACAUGAGCUUCCCCAAAUUCCCAUCAUACCCACGAGACAACACAAUGGGCUCCAGAGUUAUUGCCACCCUUGAUAAAUAUGUGCAAACAACACUGUAAACUAACCAAUAAUGCAGUUAUUGACAUAAGCCUUAUUUUCCAACACAUGAAAAGUAUGCUUUAUUAAUGGGAUUCAACAAAAGUCUUACAUUUAAUAAUUCUGGAGCUGGCAAAAACUACAAGGUAUUUAUAAUUAUGAUAGAUAUUUAAAGCUUUGUCCCAUUACAGUAACAUAUAAUGUUUAAUUGCACUCUUUUUUUUUUAUUGUUGCUUUCUUUGUAUCACAAAAUUCCAUAUAUUAUAUAGGGUACAUUGAAUAGUGUGAACAAUGUAUCUUUUUUCACAUGUACAGAACAUGUAUGUUUGUGUAGAUGUCCAUAAUUAAUCAAUGUACAGUUUAAUGUUAUUAAAUCCGUCAGACUAAAUAAUUGUAAUAAGAUGUAUUUUGUUAUAUCUUCUAAGAUUUAAGAGCUGUUAAGAUCUGUUUUUGUUCUCAGGACGGACUGUAACUGCAAUCUACAUUUUCACAUAUACACGUGCUCAUUGUUCAUACCUCACAAUGUACAGUACAGUAUCUGAAUACAAAUAAUUAAGAUACUGUCUGUAAAUUAUUGUUUUACAAUUUUAUUAGCCUAACAUUAAAUACAUUUGUACUUCACAUAA